AUGGAUUUUGCAUCGCUCAUGUCGGCGCAGAUUGCCAAAGCCAAACCAACGCCAAAAUCGCAGACGUCACAGGAAACGAAGUCAUCCAAAUACAUCAAACGCGCCGACGUCGAGGCUCAACGACAAGCCGACUACGCCGCCGAACAAAAAGCAAUAGAAGAUGCGCGAAUCGCUAGGCUCGAGAAGAAGCGCAAGUUUGAUGAAGACGAGGCCGAGAAGAACAGAGCAAGAGAGGACAAGCGCAAGAGACUGGCAGAAGAAAGCAGGAGGUUGAGGGGGGAGGAAGAGGAACAUGAAGAAAGGAUUCGUCGCAAGAGACUGGGGCUGCCAGAGCUACCACCUAAAGAGAAGGUCGUCGAUGGUGAUGAUGCUACUCCCACACCUGAGAAUGACAUUGCGCCAGAGGAGCUCGUUCAAAAGCUAAGGGGCAUGAAUGAACCAGCGCGCUUGUUCGGAGAGACUCACACCGGCCAACUGCGACGAUACAGAAAGCUUGCUGGACUCGAUGCCUCAGGCAAGCCCAAAGCAAUCAUGUACCCUGGUCCCAUACCCACAACCCUCGAACCUGUACCCGAAGCCGACAUGAAGGUCUCCGAAGUUGUACCCCAGGAUACAGAGGGUCGAGCAUUCCUUUAUCGCCAACUCGCUUCCUACUUUACUCUGGUUUUAUCAGAGUGGCAAGUCUCGCUGUCUUUACGAGAUGAGGCUGUCAAGACGAGUAGCAGUGGAAAAGCUGCAUACAGUGCCAUGGUUCAAGCUCGCGAAAGUAUGGUGCCGCUGUAUCGGAAACUGGAGAGGCAAGAAGUGGAGAAAGGCAUUCUGGGUCCCAUCGUUGAGAUUGUGCGAGCAUGUCAAGAGAGACGCUACGUCGAUGCCAACGAUGCUUACCUGCGGUUGAGUAUCGGAAAAGCUGCAUGGCCUAUUGGUGUCACCAUGGUUGGUAUCCACGAGAGAUCUGCACGCGAGAAGUUACAUGCGAACGACAAGGAUGCGGCGCAUAUCAUGAGUGACGAGAUCACUAGAAAGUUCUUGCAGUCCAUCAAGAGAUGCCUGAGUUUCUCACAGACCCGUUGGCCACCAACCACUCCUCUACAGCUUAUGGGCGCCUUUGGAACUUUGAGGAGAGAUAAUGCAUUGUACGGUGCAGCCGAUGAUCCUGCAGCAAUUGCACAACAGAUGUGGGCGGGAAACACGAAUGUGAUUCGAACAGAACAAAUCCAGCAAAGUGUAUAUCAACAGCAUCUGGACCAAGGACUCGAACCACCUGCUCUGUCGCCAGAUACUGUGCGCUACUGGUCCGAUUUCAACAGGGUAUUUUAUCAUCCCAAGUCUAUCGUUCAGCUGCAGGAGUACGAACUGAAUUCUGCUCUUAUGCCUUUCGAAAAAUGGGCAACUGGAGAAGACUUGUUCGAUAGCCUCGACAAGGAACACGAUCUUCUGGAUAGAGACCUGCGACCAUUCCUGGAAGAGUGCGAUCAACUGCAAGCUAUUCAGAUGAUCACCUCUGCCGACGAUGCCUGGGGUGGCUUCACAGCCAAGUACCUGGAGAGAAUGAGAGACGAACUGGGCAAAACUAGUGCUUGGGUAUGGGGACUCGAGGAAGGCGGACGCAAACCAAGGGACAAGCAAAUCUUGCAGGUCGCCAAUAUCGCACAGUCAAUCUACCAAAUCUCAAGCCAGGCGAGCAUGUACAUUCCGCUUACCACUUUACCGGAUGUAUUGCCAUCGUAUAUUAAUCUGAAUGCAUCAUCCAAGUGGCAUACUUCUGGACUGCAGCUGUUGGCUUUGGAGAGCAUGACUCUGCCAACGAGGUUGCGUUCAGGCCAGCAAGGACGCUCGUCAUUCGCUGAUAUCGAGACAUUGUUGAGCAAUGAUGGCAACCGCAGAGUAGCUCAACUCAAUAUGAGCAUUAGAGACCCAGCCGAACUUGACGGCGAAGCAAACGGACAUGCGGCACAGCACGACAGCAGAAUGAAUGGUUACACGAAUGGAAGCCACGGCCACGAUGAUGCAGAAACGAAGGAUCUUGACAUAGACAUGCAGCCAAAGACGGCCAAUCUGACUGGCGAACGAGGACCAAACAGAUCCCGAACUCACGUCUUCAGCCAAUUGCAGAGCCUACGCGGGAAAUGGAAGUCGAGUCUCGAAAUCGAAGACACGAACCUCGCAGCCCGCGACCGCUUCGGCCACGGCCCCAGAAUCGAGAGUCACCAAUCCUCGCUGCUGUUCCCCGUCAUCGACAGCUUCCCUCAAGUGUUUGCGUCUGGCAAUAUUGUUCAGAAACUCGCUGUGCAUGCGACACUAUCAACAACUACAUCUGUCGCGCAGAGACUCCGUGCGGUGGAAAGAAUCGCUCGCUCAAUAAUUGGCAUUGAUGAGCGUGAAGCACUCUGCGAUGGACUCGUAGGGAUCUGCGAGGAAUAUGAAGAUGGGUGGGAGAGCGGCAGCGAGAGCGACGAUGAUAAUUAG